AUGAAACAGGCUCACUGGCUUGAUCAAUACGCCACAAACUAUCACGAAUGGCUCGAGUCACAUAAUGAUGGCAGACAUUGCUUCUACCGACCAUUGGGAACAGUAGAGACGGCUUUCGACUCUGAUGGCAUCUACUAUGAAGGCCGUGCCGAUAUGAAUGCCUUGCUUGAACUUGCGGUCAAACAUCAUCUGUCACAAAUGCAGCUUCGCCAAAGAAUCACUCUGGCAUGGACAGUCCUUCGCUUGUCUCAUGUCCUCCUGCUAGCAAGAGCUGUGGAUCGGAAACCGUUCAUGGCUGCUGGUAACGCGGCUCAGAGACGCUUCUUCCUGGUCUACUCUCCCAAAGGCCCUCAAGACGCAAUCGCAGAUGCCACCAGAUCGUUGUCUUUUGUUGAACAGCCUCUGGACGAAAGUGGACUUGCAAAGUUCUAUCGCCAUGCACAGAACACAGGUCGUGUGGUAAAUGCUGACGACUUUCUUGCCAAGCUGUUCAUCUUCCCAGCAGGUGAUAUCGCAGGAUCGAAGACCAGCUUGAAGUUUUUGUUCGUGAAAGGCCAUCAGAUUACUGAUGGAUUGACUAAUUUCACUUGGUUGAGCCAUUUCGUCAAACUCCUAAAUACACCUUUAGCAAUUCUCGAAGACGCCGUCAGCGACCUCUCAUCUCAGGCAUCAAUUGGAAAUCGACUUCCACUGCCCCAAGAGGAUCUAUACCCUCGUAUAUUGGGUUCGAUAGCGAAGAGGCGCUGGUUCUGGCUCUUGACGCUUGUACUCCGACAUGUGAAGAAGCCGAUGCCGGCAGCAUUUCCCAACCCGCUACGCCGUAACAGUCCUCUCAAGGAAGCCAUUGCGAUGUCCCCGACCUAUAAUUCGUACCUGGACUACAAGAUCAAACCCNCGUUGAACACGUUCACGUGCAUGGCCAAAGUUUCGCAGUCUGCGACCAAAAGGCUUCAUCGAUGGUGUCGUGAAGCGGGCACGAGCAUUGGUGCAGGUGCUUUUGUGCUUGUCGCCAUGGUUAUGAUGUCUCUACACGAGGAUCUUCACCCGGAAGAAAUCAAUCGUCGCCCAUUCAUUGGUAGCUUUCCAAUCAACCCACGGCCAUUCUUCAAACACCAUGAAGCACCCAACUCCAUGAUGCUAGCAUUUUCAGAUGGUGUGGUACUUCCAUUCUUACCAUCAUCACUCGAUCUUGAGACUCGCUUCAAAGUUUUGGUUAGACAGGCGCAUCGCCAGCUUGCAUUGUACCAAAAGAGGGCAAAAUCAGGAGAGCACGACUCACUUGCCUCUAUGGGGAGCAGAGGCGCUGGAAGAGUCAUUGCCAUGAACUAUGUCGGCGCAAUGGAAAGACUUCGGUCAAAACUUCCAGAAGAACUUCGAGACAGCCUGGGAAACCACAGCCCUCAAGGUGACCUAACUGCAGCACAGAAUGGAAGCAUGGCUACAUGUGGUGUAAGCUCGGUUGGUCGAUCUGGAUGGCGCCAAGGAGAGUUCGAUGUCGAUGGAGAGCUUGAAGAGGGUGAAGAUGCUUUUGUGGCAGACUAUCGUUCUAGUAAACAGAACGUUCGCGCACGCGACGGCGAAUUUCUCGUCGGCGUCUGGGGCGACGACGACGGUAUUGCUGCAAACGUCUCUUACGAUGGUAACGCUAUUGACGAAGACAUGGUUCGGGAAUGGCAACAUAGAAUGGAGAAUCUGCUGGUGGAAAGGAACGUAACAGCCAAGUUGUGA